CUUCGACGCAGGAGGGGAGUAGGCGAAACGUUGCUGCCGCGCGCAAGUAGUUCCCGCCCGCAUGGACUGCAAUAUUUGCAUGAAGAGGCUGGAUACCGUGGAAAGGAGGCCCAAAGCCAUUCCCUGCGGACACACAGUGUGUCUGCAAUGCUUGAAAGGCAUCGAUCAACAGACUUGUCCGCACUGCCUGGAGGCAUUUCCCGGCCCGGCCGAGGCGCUACCCGACAACUUCUUCGUUCUUGGCUUGAUUGAGAAAGACCAGCAGCACCUCCGAGAUCUGAGGUUCUGGUGCCGGGACUGCGGCAAGACUGCCACCGAGGAGUGUGGAGACAUGGAGCACAGUCUCUGCUCCCUCCGCAAGCUGCGCUCGGAGCAGGCGGCGGCGCAGCUGCAGCGACUGCAGAGCGCUGCGACGGCGGCGCGCAAGGUGGUGCAGGCCCUGCAGGACACCAUGGUCGAGGUGGAGGACCAGCUGCAGCAGUGGCGGGGCAGGAUGCAGCAGUUCGACGAGGCGGAGCGGGAGCUGCGCGCGAGGGUGGACGAGGACUGGAACGACGUGCAGGCAGCCCUGCCGGACGGCCUGGAGCAGCUGCAGGACUUGCAGGACACCGCCAGCCUGCUGCAGGCCAGGUGCACGCUGCAGGUGCAGCUGCGGGCCGAGGGCGGCACACUGUGGAAGGGCCGCCUGGCUGGGCAGCGUGGCGGAGGCAGUCUGCUCCACCCACUGCUGCUGCACCUACACCAGACCGGGGUCAUCGCCAAGAUUCAAAAGCAGGCGGUGGCGUUGCCUUUGAUCAUCUUCAGGGAGUACUGGAAUGCCGCUAACCACAGUACACGGGAGGACCAUUGCCGGGAGCUAUACGACCUGUUUGUGAAAGAUGCCCUGGAACCGGUCAAGAAGCUGGACGGGGUGGACUGCAAGAAGCGUCCCACCUGGUGCAAGUUGCUGCUGCAGUGUGUGGCCCCGCGCGUCGAGUGGCUUCAUUUAAGCUUUGCCCUCCGUGAGCACCUGGACGUGAUCCACGACAUGUCCGCCCUGCGCUUUUGUUCGUCCACAUGGCGAAGUGUGGCACGGUGGCCCCGGACCUGCCGCUGCAGCUGGAGGACCUGGAGGUGCGGAACGUCCCGGAGCAACACUUGCAGACGGUGCAGCGCAUGCCCAACCUGCGCAAGCUCACCUUGACCUGGAGCAGUGUUCCGCUCGAUGUGGCCUUCCCCCCUCUGCCUCCGGACCACCGCGGCCUGCAGUGGCUCCAGGUGCUUCUCCGCCCCGUCUCCACCGUGCUGUCGCUGGCCAAGGCCCACGCCGCCACCCUGCAGGACCUGCGGAUCAU